AUGAGUUUAUCCACACUCAAGCUCGCCAUUACCAAGAAUAAAGGCCUCACUGCCCUCAUCGCAGCAUCAGCAAUCUACCUAAUCACCACUCCCCGUGUCGAAAUCCCCAAACGAAAGAAUGAACAGACUGGUGCAAACGAGACCGAUGGGGAAGCGCAAAAGAGACUGGAUAAGAGGUUUAGUGCUCAGAUCAUGCGGUUGCUUCCAAUCCUGAUACCUGGCUUAUUCUGUAAAGAGGUCGUGCUGAUCGUAUCGCUGGGAACUAUAUUGAUCUUUAGAACAUGGCUCGACAUAUGGUUUUCAGGAUUCAAUGGACUUGUAGUCCGUGCCGUCGUAUCACGAGAUCGAGAGGCGUUUAUAACGCUUGUUGUUAUGGAGUUUGGGAUGAUGAUGUGGCCUAUGAGUGUGACGAAUAAUAGUCUGAAACUAAAUAUCAGUGCUUUGGCGCUGGCGUUUCGUGAUCGGUUGACUAAGUAUGCACAUGACAAGUACUUCAAGGGCAUAACAUUCUACAAAAUAUCAAACAUUGACAACCGAAUCCAGAAUGCUGAUCAGCUACUCACUCAAGACAUUGACAAAUUCUGCGAAACACUCUCCCACAUAUACUCUGAUACAGCCAAACCCGUCGUGGAUAUAUUCUUGUUUUCGUACAAGCUGGGACAAGCGCUAGGACCUGAAGCGCCGUUUGUCAUGAUUGGGUACUUUAUUGGGACUGCGGUGCUGUUGAGAGCGUUCUCACCUCCGUUUGGAAGAUUAACUGCUCAAGAGCAAAAGCUAGAAGGAGAUUUCAGGUUUACACAUUCACGGGUUAUUACACAUUCCGAAGAAAUAGCAUUCUAUGGUGGAAACCAACGUGAAAAGGCAGUUGCGAAUGCCUCAUUUGAUCAUAUUGUUAGACAUCAGGAUAGGAUAAAUUGGCUGCAUUUCAUCAAUGGCAUAUUUGACUCAAUCCUGGUCAAGUAUUGCGCAACAAUGACAGCCUAUUACCUCCUCGCACGACCCGUAUUUGAUCCAACAUACACAUCUGAGUUCAUGGGCAAGAUGACAGCAGAUCCAACACAGAUUAUGGAAGACUAUUCAAGGAAUUCUGGCUAUCUAGUGAAUCUCUCACAAGCUAUUGGACGAGUCAUAUUGGCUGGACGGGAUUUGCAGAGGCUUGCUGGGUUGACUAGUCGAGUAUCACAACUCUUUGAUGUGCUGGCUGAUGUGAAUGAAGGACGGUAUACCAGAACUAUGAUUGCCAAGGAUGGAUCUGAGCUUGCUCAGACACAGUCUAUCAGCCCCUCUGAUUUGAAGGGCAAGGUUAUCAUUCAGGAUGGCAUCAUUAAGUUUGACAAGACGCCUAUUAUUACACCCAAUGGUGACCUCCUCGUUAGACAACUCUCCAUGCGAGUAGACCCAGGCAUGAACGUCCUCGUAACAGGACCUAACGGAUGCGGAAAAUCAUCCCUCUUCCGUAUUCUCGGCGACUUAUGGCCUCUAUUUGACGGCACACUCACCAAACCAAGCAUGGACAAGAUGUUUUAUGUGCCUCAGAAACCUUACCUCGCACUUGGAACACUACGAGAUCAAGUUAUUUAUCCACAUAGUGCCAAAGAAGCUGCGUCGAGAGGGUAUGGAGAUGAGAGGAUUAUGGAGCUGCUUGCUACGGUGCAUCUAGAGUAUCUGGUGUCGAGGGAAGGAGGGUGGGAUGCUGUUGCGGAUUGGGCGGACGUGCUGAGUGGGGGUGAGAAGCAACGAGUCGCUAUGGCUCGAAUGUUCUACCACAAGCCAGAGUUUGCUAUAUUGGAUGAGUGUACGAGUGCGGUUUCUGUUGAUGUGGAAGGAAUCAUGUACACGGCAGCACGAGAUUUAGGCAUCUCAUUAUUCACAGUGUCGCAUCGUCAGACACUCUUCAAGUAUCACGAUUACCUGUUACGAUUCGAUGGACUGGGAGGAUACACUUUUGACAAGAUGGUCGAUUUAGAUCCAUUUGCUUUCAAGGCCAAAGUCGCAGCCGACUACUCUGACUCUAACGGAAGCAACGGAAGUGAAGAUUCAUAG